AUGUCUCACGUGGCCUAUGAUCUGCAACUCGCAGACGCCAUGAACGAUCUGCAGGAACAGGUGAAAGUAGAAAAUGUUCCAGCUGAAAAGAAUGAGCAGGGUGUUGAGAACAUUGAGACCUGGAUGAACGAUGAAAUCUUCUAGCAUCUUGCUUGUCUCUAUAUAAAGUAUAUCGACAUUUACAGGAAGUUAGAGGAAUGCUAUGACUAAAUGGUCCACCCUCAAAAGAGAAUCUUUAUAAAGAAAGUGUUGGAAUCAACGAUUUGUCGUAUCUGCGAGAUGAAGAAAGACAUGGUCCUCUUCAACCCCCGACCUAAGUCGCUCUAUGUCCACUUAGAUUAGCUACUCUUCGAUCUCAAAUACGAUCCAUCAAUAUUGGAAAUCCCAGUACCAAGAUAUUUCAAAGAAGAUGAUUAAAUUCCAGUUGACUUGGACUUCAAAGAGAAAAUUGAGAAGGACACUGGCAAGAAAAAAAAGAAGAAGAAGAAAAAGAAGAAGAAGAAGAAGAAAGACGAUGAUGAUGACGACAAGAAGAAAAAGGAGCCCCCUAUUACACUUGACUAAAAAUAACAGCUGAUAAAUACAUUGAUGACAACUCAUGUUGGAACUGAUGACCCUGAGGAGGAAAUAGUUCAUGAUCCAUUCACUCUAGAUAUGGAUGUAGUGUCAGCUAUUAGACUCAUCCAGAAGAAUGAAAGAGGUCGUUAAGGCAGAUACCGUAUAAUGCUUAUCCUUAAAAAUCUCAAGUAAAAGAAACUUGAGAACGAGAGAAAUAGAAAAAUUCGUGAAGGUUUGAUUAAGGAGGAAUCAAGAGACUAGUAAGAAAAUGAAGCUACCUUAUUCAUUCAGAAGCGUUUGAGAGGUAUCCUAGCACGUAAGAAGGUAGAAGAGAUGCGUUAAGAAGAAAUGGUAUUCUUAGGAAUGGCAAGAAAGCCAAAGACUAAGGAGGAGUUGAAGAACGAUCCCGUAGAGAAGAUGCUAAAAACUCAAGAGGACAGAAAGAUGAAGCAGCAAUAAUUCUGGAACUCUUUUGAGGAUGCUAAGAAAGAGUUGAAGGGUGAAAUUGACGAGAAUGAAGGUCUCGAUAUUCAAGAGUUUAUGUUAAAGGAGAGAAGAGACUGGACCUAAGAGUAUAAAGCUCUACAUGCUAACAAACCCCCAACUGAUUUGAAGGAAUUUUAUGAAAGAUUCAACACAGAGACUCCUCUUUCCCCUGAAGAAGAAGAACUUAAGAAGCUUUAGGAUGAAGAGGAAUCAAAAAAUAAAAAGAAAAAGAAGAAGGAAGAGAAAAAAGAUAAGGGUAAGAAGAAAAAGAAGAAGGGAGAUGGUGAUGAUGAUGAAAAGAAAUAGGUUGUUAAGAUCGGCCCUUCUGAAGUAGUCUAGAAAUUUGAUGAGUUCUAUGAGGACUAUAACGAUGUCUGGGCUAACAGAGACGAGAGUGAGAACUAUCAAUAAGCAUUCGAUACAGACAUGGCUAAAGACGAGGUCAUGCCAGAGUUAUAAGAUGAGUAUAAGAAGGAAGUGGAUGAACUUAUCAAAAUUGAGCUUGAAAACAUGAGAAUCAUCGCAGGCAUUAAGGCCAAAAAGAAGAAAAAGAAGAAGAAGAAGAAGAAAAAGAAGAAGAAGGGCCUCAAGUUGCCAGGUUUCAAGGCCAUCAGAGAUAUCGAUAAGCGUGAUCUCCUGGUCUAACUUAUAUAAAAUGGAAUUGUUAAGAAACUGCCUCAACAGAAACUAACCGAUUUCAUAGGAGAGUUCAACUACUUGCACUCAAUGUUAGACAAUAUUAAGGAUACACCUUACGAUCCCUCAAUGGCUUUGAUUCGUCAAUUGGUAACUGAAUACAUUAUAUUCCCUCUGGGUUCAGCACUAGUACGUAAGAGAUUCCCAGACAACAUAAGAUCGUUCUUGUUCUACGGCCCUCCAGGUACUGGAAAGACUAUGAUUGUAAGAUCAGUGGCAUACGAGACUAACUCAGUAGUCUUUGAUUUAAGUCCACUUAACAUCGAAGGCAAAUACACCAACAGAAAGGAAGAGGAAAAGCUGAUUGCCUCAGUUAUGGUUGUCGCCAAGGAAUAUUAGCCAUCGCUUAUCUACAUCGAUGAAGCUGAGAAGGUGUGGCCAGCAAAGAAAAAGGGUAAAAAGAAGAAGAAGAAGAAGGCAGACCCAUCUAACCCAGCCAGAAUCAAGAAGGCGCUCUCGAAGUGGAAAGGCAAGUUUAUAGAUGAUACGACGCGUAUAACAAUUAUUGGGUGCACUAGCGAGCCAGACGAGGGUAGUAAAAAGGACUUCAAGAAGUUCUUCGACAAGGCCAUCUACUUCCCCUUCCCUGAUUACACCACUAGAAGACUAAUGUGGAAGACUUUCAUUGAGCAACUAGGAGGUAAGCUUAGACCAGAGUUUCCACUCAGUACACUAGCACAUAUCUCACAUGGUUACUCCAGUGGUAGUAUUAGAAAGACUUGUGAAAAGGUUCUAACAUAAUACAGAAAGAAACAUGAGUUCAUUGGGCCUCUGUCACUUUGCGCCAACACCAUGCAAGAUCAAUAUAAAGACUUUCAAAAGUUCACCGACUACAUUACAGAGGACGGAGCCAGGAGAGAGAAGCUAGAAGCAGCUCUUAAAGGAGAGGACGACGACGGAGAUCCAAAGAAAAAGAAGGCCAAAAAGAAGAAGAAGUGA